AUGGAAGACACCGUGACCAACAAGCUCAUAUCAAUUCUCAACGACCGAGGUAUCUCCACUAAGCAGGAGGCGGUGGUGUCGGCAUUUAAGGAUGACAGGAAUACACACUGGGCGUCCAAGUACCUCCGCCCUGACACCCUACUAUCAAAAGACGAGCUCGCGUUGUACCUCAAGCUCGAGAACUCGGAUGCUCUUCAACCUAUUCUUCGCAACCCAGGCCUCGGCGCGACGCGGCCUAUCCUCGAAGACGAACUCCGCAACGCGAUCGAGUCCCUCGAAGCCUCAACGGCAACAAUUCAAAAACAGACCGAGACUCUCAAGUUUCAAUGGGAAAGUCUCAGCCAGCAAUUAGGCCUAGAAAACAAAGUGAAGCAGCAGCGGAGCCGCGAUAUCGCUCGGCUGCAAAAUAAACAUGAAGCGGGGAGACAAAGUACUACAAUGGCGGCAGCUGAGCUUGCCGAUGAGCUGGAGGCUAAUUUAAGAACUGCAUCGGACAAGUCGGGCGCGGAAAGCAAGAGAAUUCUCGCUUCUCUGUCUACCCGGUUAAAGCAGGACGACAAGGUUCUGGCGAGGUUGGAAACACUCAUUUCCAGUAUCAAAUAUCGUGGGAAUGAUGCAUCUACAGUCAAGCGCGCGAAUCAUCUCAGCGCGACGCUGUCAGACUACGUGGCAGAGGAAAUACACUACCGUCUCGAUCGACUGUAUCUGGAAACAAUACACGCAGGGAGCUCGGAUCCCGACGCCAAAGAUGAGCCAACGAGCAUUGCCCUCGAGGAAGAACUUGAGUCUCUUUAUCCAGAGAUCGAAAUUUUGGCAGAAAUGUCGACCAGGCAGCAGUUCCACGAGCCUAUCCUCCGUGAACUCCAGAACGAGCAUGAUCAGCUUCGGGUGGCGUCGCAGGAGAAACUCGAACAGGCACUCGACAUGUUGAUCGAGAUGACUUUGUCAAAGCAAGAUCUUACGAACCAACUCGGGGUCCGGGAGUCGUCUUCUGAACUAUUAGAACAGCUAGCCGCAUUAUACCAACUCGAAGCAGGCAGCGACCUCGUCACACAGGCAUCAUCCCGACGAGAGUCUCUGCGACGCCGAUCGUUACAGCCUGGCCUCCUUGCCCGCACGUCCAGUGCCCCUGUAGUUGCCCAACCGUCACUUGAAAGACUUCUGAGGCGUGUUGGUGUACCACCAGAACCAUUAAUCCACCCGCGCGAGAAUGGAGGGGUUAGUGACCUCCACGAGAAGCGUUAUCACAUUUCCGAAACACUUCACAGUCUCAAUAUAGCUGUGGGCGCUCCUCUCGUGGCUCAUUUAACACCGUUGGACAACGCGUCUCAGCUUCUUCACUGCUCAUUGCACGCCAACUCUCACUAUGAAACAUCACUGCGUGACUCUUCAGAGCAUUCGGCGCUCUCGGGCCUCGAGAAAGGACUCGCAAGUCUUCAAAAUUGGGCUCAGAAGCUCAAUCUGGAUGUUCUCCACCAGCGUGAUAGCAAUCAAGAGAGAUUAAUCGAGCGGUGGACAUAG